AACAGAGAAUAAAUGCGCAUUCUUUGAAGUUUUUGGUUAUACUUCAACCUGUAGGUUAAUUUCUUAUCGCGGCCUCAUUGGCGAGGUCGCAGAAAUAUGGUGCAAUUAAAAACCCAUGUAGAAAAAUACAUAAUAAACAAUGUCGAUCGGAGAAGUAUAGUAAAGUUCAAGUACCACUAGUAUAAUUAAACACUUAAUAUAAAAUUCAAAACAGCCAACGUUGUUUCCUGAGAUUUAUACGUAUUUACUCAUAUAAACAGCAUCGAGUAUUCACAAACGCAUCUUCAUGGCGUUAAUAAAAAAACUGCUGAACAAAGGUUUUUUUGAGAGUGUUCUCAACAGGUACUACAAUCAAGACGUCGAAAUUACCAAUGUUCACAUUACCAAUGGUGUAGUCGCAGCUGGUGAAAAUUUUUGCAGUACACUGAGUAGGAUUAAAAUCGAUUACUCAUUUGGCGACGGGGGCCGGCAACAUACACUCUGGAUGGUUUGUAAAAGUUUACCUGAAGAUGAGUACCAAGCUGGGUUUGUGAAGGAGAUGAAAAUGUUCGAAUGCGAACUUGAAAUAUAUGGCAAUAUUAUACCGCCCUUGUCGAAAUUAGAUUAUCGCGAGAAGAUGUCGCCCAUCGUGUAUUGGUGUUGCUCAGAACCAUUACCGAUGAUUUUACUGGAAGACUUAUCAGCGGUGAAUUAUAAAAUGACCGAAAGACGAAGGGGCUUGGAUUUAGAGCACUGUCUCUUGGUGGUGGAGAAACUUGCUUAUUUCCAUGCUGCUUCAGUUGCUCUGCACGAAAAGGAUCCGAAUGUCUUACCAAAAUUUAGUAAAUCAAUGUUUCGAAAAUCGAGCAUAACCGCUAAAAUCAUCUCUAUUAAUUACGAUGAGAUAGUGAAACAAUUGCAGAACCGACCUGAUGUAAAGAAGCACAUUCAGAAAAUGAAACUAGCGAAAGAUAGGAUACUGACCGAGUUGUGCAACGUUCACAAGAUAAACUGUGACUUUAAAGUUCUUAACCACGGUGAUUGUUGGAUAAAUAACAUUAUGUUCCGCUACAACAACCGUGGAGUUGUUAGUGACGUGGCAUUUGUCGACUACACGAUCUCAUGCUUCUCGUCUCCGUGUUUGGAUUUGCAUUACUUUCUAACUGCAAGUGCUAAUUUAGAGACCCGGUCCAAAUACAGUACCAUCAUUGACCAUUAUUUUGAAAACCUAACGCGACUGUUAAGAAAAUUUCAUACGAAGUCGAUGCCAACACGCGAACAAUUCGAUGCAGAUUUUCGUAUCUUUAGUUCUUACGGAUUUGGCACUGCGUUAUUAGUCUUGCCAUUCAGCAAGGCAAACCAUGCCGAGGGCGCUUCAAUGGAGGCCUUCUUGGAAGACGAGAGUGCAACUGGAUAUCGGUAUCACGUUAUCAAUAAUGAAGCAUAUAUAGAGGAAAUCUUGCAUUUUCUACCAUUUUACGAUAGUUUGGGUAUUUUUGACCAGCCGACGAACUGAGUUACCUACUUAUGUUACAUUUUUGAAUAAAUAAGUAGAAUUUUAAAAUGCUGUUGUGGCAUAUGUAAAUCUGUUUAUUUAAUAUAGUAUGCAGUUUUUGACAUGGCGUCAACACAUUAUCUGAAACAAAUCAAAUUGUUGGUCUUCCGAAAUCAAAAAAUCGCCAAGAAACCUAAGAUUCUCCAAAAAAAGCUAAAGAAAUUAAGGGUUGAUUUAAUAAAUCUACCUGAGACGAGCAAACAUACUAUGUUGUUGUGUAAACUAUGUAGUUUACACACGCGUACUUUUUAAUUUUUAAUUGUCCGAGAGCGAAUUAUCCAGGCGCGAAUUGUCCUGCAACCGGAGGCGACGGUGAUGAAUAAU